UCGGUUUCUUCCCUGUUAGGUGAACUGUUGUGUGCAAUGUUUUUUUAAUUUAAAAAACCGUGUACAACAUGCAAAUACAGCCAAAACAACCGGGAGUUACAAAGAAUACGUAGGCAUAUAUUACAAAAACGGUUCUGUUCAUAUAAACCUAAAAAUUUUAUGCUUUGUGUGUGUGUUUUAAUAAAGAAAAUCUGGUUGUUUGGGGCACAUGGUAACUCAGUGGGAACCACUAUUGCAGCACCCCUCCAGAGUUAAGGGUUCCAAUCCAAUUAAUUGUUUCUGUGCUGUGCUGCGCUUGGGUUAUUAGUUGUACAUCGAUCAAUUCCCAACGUAAUCAGUACACAGAUCCUAAAAAGAAUUACAGAAAAUAAAAAUUUUAAAUGACAUAUAAAUUAUUAUAAUGUUGUCAUAAAAAUCAAUUUUAUGUGAAUGGCUAUAACGUAUAUAAUGUACGUGUGUUCGAAUUCGAAUAAAAGAUGUAUUUCAAAUUCCGGAACCAUUUUUUAAUUUACGCUGUGCACUGGGGACGACAUAUGGUGACGAAAUCCCGAAGGUGUGUGUGUUGCGAGCCCAGAACUGAAACACGCGAAUAUUUCAGUAGUGCACAAGUGUUUCAGUUUGACGGGUACCAUAAUUAAAUAUAAUGGCAGGGAACGAAUGCGGUCAAAAUAAAUCUGAAACCGGGAUUGUGCUGGGGUUUGUGGAAGAAGUGGAGCCUUGGCAUUUAAGGAGCUCUCAGUUCCCCAGCAAAGUCGGAGGAAAGCCUGCUUGGUUGAGUCAAUCUGAUCUACCGGGCGGGUUGGAGCUAGAGUGCGAAAAAUGCCAUCUGCCUACCGCCCUCCUCCUGCAGGUUUAUGCCCCUAUUUUGGGUCAGGACAGAAGUUUUCAUAGAGCGAUCUUUGUUUUUUGUUGUAAAACUCCUUCGUGUUAUUCUCGCAACGACAAUCGCUGCUUCAAAGUCUUUAGGAGUCAAUUAGCAAGGAAAAAUGAUUUUUAUCCAUACGACCCUCCACCUGACGAGGACCCCAAGGAAAGCGAAAGCGAUGCGCUGAAGUCCGGGAUUAAGCUUUGCGGGUUAUGCGGCUGCAUUGGUCCAAAAGUUUGCUCCCGUUGUCAUGCGGUCAAUUACUGUAGUAAAGAACAUCAGACAAUUGACUGGAAGGCUGGUCAUAAGAAUGAAUGCGCUGGUAAAGAACAAACCUGCUCAGACCACUUGAAUACGUUCAUAUUCCCGGAGUUUGAAUUGGUUACUGAACCCGAAGAGCUGCCAGCAAAAGAUGAGAAGCUCGGUAAGACACCAGAAGAAAAACAGGGCCUGGAACUUCACCCUUCCGACGACGGUAGCGCUAUGGAGGAGAAGGAGCUUCAGGAUAUGGCCAUGCAUGAAACUGAGGACAGCAAAGUUUUUCAGAAAUUUAAACUAAGAACGGCGCCGGAACCUGAGCAGGUUUUGCGCUACUGCAGACUGGGCUCUCCCCUUUGGGUAUCCUCAGAGCACAUUCCCAAAGACAAGGACAUACCAAAGUGCACCUGUGGGGCAAGGCGACUGUUUGAAUUGCAGGUUAUGCCCCAGCUUCUUAACCACCUACAUGUGGACAGCCCUGGAGACAGCAUAGACUGGGGCACUCUCUUAGUCUACACAUGUGAGGACAGCUGUGACCAUGGCAACAAAUACUCCCCAGAAUUCCUCUGGAAACAAGACAUAGGUGGUGAUGGCACUGACUAAGGCAGGCUACUCAAGUCAUACGGCGAUAAAACUGGAAGCCUCAUGUUUCACAUACUAUUUACUCACAAGUGCAUCUUCAUCUUAUGGAAUGCACUGGGAGUUCUUCACUUCAGAUACUUCAGAUUUUUAUGGAACAACUUCAUGUAAAGUACUAUACAAGAAGACUAAGGGAAUUUUUUUCAAAUUCUAGUCUCUUAACCUUUCCCCUAAAAUUGUUAGUAUGACCACUUAAUGGCACCUGUAUGCUAAAGUGAAUUAAAAAUAAUGAAUGGCA